AUGACGGAAGAAGAAAUAAGUAAUGAUCAAUUGCCCGAAGUGCUAACUAAGCAAGAAGAACAAGUCCUAGAAUUAAAUGUUAAUGGAAUUGAUAAAGAUCAAAUAAUUAGAGAAUCAACGCCCGAUAAAGGACCAAUUGAAGAAUCAACGGAAUUAGAAAGAGCAGAAGAACCAGAAGACACAGAACAACCCACAGAAGAAUCUAAAGAGGAUAUUACAGAAGAAUCAAUAUCAGAACCAGUAACAGAACCACCAGCACCAAUACAACCACAAGAAAUUGAAAUUUCUGUUACUUCAACCCCAACUCCAACUACUAAUGGUUCACGUCAUAGUAGAUCAUCAACGCUAUCGUUAAAUAACAAUGCAACCGUUGACAACACCCAAAUCUUUAAAAAAACAUUUGAAUUAAUUCUAGCAUCAAAAGAGGCUAAAAAAAAUGAAGCAUUCAGAAACAAAAUACAAAAAGCACUUGAUUCAAUAAAUAAUAUAGAUGAUAGAAACCCCCAUAUAAUAUUCGACUCCCUUAAAACAUGUUGCGAAACAAACAAUGUCGAUUUGAAAUCAAAAGCAGUUGAUUUAUUCGCAAAAUUAUUUGAUUAUGCUAAAUUUAAUGAUCCUAUAGAAAAAAUUAAAUUAACAGAUGAGUCAGUAAAUGUUAUAUCAAAAUGUUUUGAUGGAGAAGGUACAGAUCCAGAAUUGGAGUUACAAGUAGUACGAGCAUUGAUGCAUUCUAUUUUAUUAAUGCCAUGUCAUGGUGCAUCAUUAUUACAAGCAGUUAGACAAAUUUAUAAUGUAUUUAUUUUUUCAUUAACUGCAAGAAAUCAAGCAAUUGCUCAGGGGAUUCUAACACAAGUUAUUGGAGCAAUUUUCCAAAGAGUUCGUGAUACAAUGAAAUCAAAAAGUAAAACAAAUAGUUCAACUAGAUUAGUUUUAGAGUCUGCUGAAAACCUUCCAGAAACGAAAUUAACAUUAACUGAGUUGGAGACAAUUAAUACGUCUAUAAAUGACACCGACAAAGUAAAUGAAGCUACAUCUGCUAGUGAAAGCGAUGAAGACUUGGCGGUUAAAGAUGCAUUUUUAGUUUUCCGAGCUAUGUGUAAAUUAUCCAUUAAAUCAUUAGAUUCAACAACUAUUGAUAUGAAAGCUCAUUCAGUAAGGUCUAAAUUAUUAUCACUUCAUAUAAUUCACACAAUAUUAAGAGAACAUAUUGAAAUAUUUUUAAGUCAUGAUGUUGUACUUUUAUCAUCAAAUUCAAGUGAAAGACUAAUCAAUGCAGUUAGACCUUAUAUAAAUCAAGCACUUUCUAAAAACGCAGCAUCUGCUUUAGCUCCAGUAUUUGAAUUAUCCUUGGAAAUUUUUUGGAUUAUAAUAUCAAAUUUAAGAUCAGAAUUUAAAAGAGAAAUACCUGUGUUUUGGGAUGAGAUUUAUUUUCCUGUUGGAGAAAUGAAAUCUUCAAGUGCUCACCAAAAGAGAUAUCUUUUAUCAAUUAUUGAAAGAUUGUGUAACGAUUCAAGAUGUAUUAUUGAAUUUUACCUCAACUAUGAUUGUGACAGUAACAUGCCCAAUAUUUGUGAGAAAUUAAUCGACCACUUAACAAAAUUAUCUUUACAAAGAAUUGAAGUUACUACUCAACAAAAAUAUGCAUUUAUAGAAAAUAGGAGAAAUGGUAUAUCGGUGUAUGAUGUCGGUAAAAUUGCAAAUUUAACAUCAAGUACAAUGUCAUCAAAACCACCAGAUCCAGAAAUUUAUAACUUAUUCCCCGUAGAGUAUGCAUUGAAAAUGACAUCAAUAAGUUGUUCAGUUGCAUUUUUACGUUCUUUAUAUUCAUGGGCUCAAAAGGGACUUAAUUUAAAACUGCCAGUCAAUGGAUCAUUUUUAUCAUUAUCAAGAAAUCGAUCAGAUUCAAAUACUACUUCCACAAAUGUUACUAGAAACCCUUCUUUCAUCAAUGGUGACGAUUCUUCAAAGGAAUCAGAUAAAAUAGAACAAUUUGAAAAUCAAAAACAAAGGAAGAAAGCAUUACUAGAAGGUAUAAAACAAUUUAAUCAAAAGGCCAAAAAGGGAGUAUCAUAUUUCAUAAAUAACGGGUUUAUUUCAUCUGAUUCACCAGCCGACAUAGCAAGGUUUCUUUUGGAGACUGACGGACUUGACAAAGCAGUUAUUGGUGAAUACCUUGGCGACGGUGAUGAAAAAAAUAUAGCCAUAAUGCAUGCUUUCGUUGAUCAGAUGGAAUUUGAUAAUGCAGAAUUUGUUGAUGCAAUGAGAAAAUUUUUACAAUCAUUUAGGUUACCUGGUGAAGCUCAAAAGAUUGAUAGAUUUAUGUUAAAAUUUGCUGAAAGAUAUACUAUGGGAAACCCAAAUUUAUUUGCCAACGCUGAUACAGCAUAUGUCUUGGGUUAUUCUGUAAUAAUGUUAAAUACAGAUUUACAUUCACCACAAAUAAAAAGCAGAAUGACAUUUGAUAGUUUUGUUAUGAAUAAUUCAGGAAUUGAUGAUGGUAAAGACAUCCCCAAAGAAUUAUUGCAAAAAAUAUAUGAUGAGAUCUUAAACAAUGAAAUUAAAUUACAAUCAGAACAACAUGCCGCUUUAUUGGCGGGUGAUUUAACAGUUUCCCCAUCAGUAGGAUUCUUCAGUGGUAGAGAUCAAAAUCGUGAAGCAUAUAUCUUUGCAUCAAAAGAAAUGUCCCAAAAGACUGAAAAGUUAAUGAAAAAUUUGGGCAAGAAAACAAGAGCUGAUGAUGAUGGGAUGUUUUAUGCAGCUACAAGUGUUUUGCAUGUAAAAUCAAUAUUUGAUACUUUGUGGAUGUCAAUAUUAGCUGGUUUAACUCCGCCAUUUAAAGAAUAUGAUGAAGAUUAUGUCACAAAAGCAUGUUUAGAAGGCAUUAAAUUAUCCAUAAGAAUUGCUUGCAUGUUUGAUUUAGAUUAUGCAAGAACAUCAUUUAUAGGAGCAUUAGUACAAUUUCAAAAUUUAAACAACUACGAAGAAAUGAAACCUAAAAAUGUUGAUGCUAUAUAUAUUAUGUUAGAUUUAGCAGUAACUGAAGGUGAUAACUUAGGUGGUUCAUGGAUUCAUAUUUUAAGAUCAAUUUCACAAACUGAGCGAUUACAAUUAAUUGCACAAGGAGUUGAUCAAGACUCGAUUCCGGAUGUUACAACAGCUAAAUUGAUUACAAGAAAUUCAAUUGAAAGUACAAGGACAAGCACCAGCUUUUUUAGUUCAUUUGCAUCACAAACACCUGCACAAUCAGCCGCAAGUAAAUUUCAUAACCAACAUCUUUCGCCAGAAGUUGCAAGAUUAUUAGUGAAGACAGAUUUAGAAGUUUCAAUGGAUAAAGUAUUCACAAAUAGUGCCAAUUUAACAGGUAAUAGUAUAGUUGAAUUUGUUAAAGCACUUUCUGAAGUUUCAAAAGAAGAAAUAAAUUCAUCAGGCCAAAGUAGUAACCCAAGAACUUUUUCAUUACAAAAAUUUGUUGACAUUUGUUAUUAUAACAUGAAUAGAAUUCGUGUGGAAUGGUCACAUCUCUGGGCUACUAUGGGUGAAACUUUUAAUGCAUUAGGUUGUCAUUCAAACCCAUCAAUAUCAUUUUUUGCAUUAGAUUCAUUGAGACAACUUUCAAUGAGAUUUCUUGAAAUUGAAGAAUUAGCUCAUUUCAAAUUUCAAAAGGAAUUUUUGAAACCAUUUGAAUAUGUAAUUAUACACAACAGGUCUUUGGAAGUUAAAGAUAUGGUUCUUGAAUGUAUGAACAAUAUGAUAUUAGCAAGAGCAAGUCAGAUUAAAUCAGGUUGGAAAACUAUUUUCAACGUUUGUACUGCUGGUGCUAAAGAAAAUAAAGAAUCAUUAGUGAUGAAAUCAUACAAAAUGGCAAUUUGGAUCAACAAGGAAUAUAUUGAAGAAGUUAGAAGACAAGAUUCAUUUGGUGAUUUGGUUGUGUGUUUCACAGCACUUGCUAAAAAUGAGAGAUUUCAAAAAAUUAGUUUACUUUCAUUAGAUGUAUUAUCAAGAUUAAUUUACGAAAUUGCACAAUACAGUUUCUUCAAUGAAAGUGAGGAACAAAUUGAGCCAGAAGAAAAAGAUGAACAUUUAAGAAAACUUUGGUUCCCAGUAUUAAAUGGAUUUUUUGAUAUUAUAAUGACAGGAGAAGAAUUAGAAGUUAGAUCUAGAGCAUUAAAUUCAUUAUUCGAUUUACUCAUGAAAUAUGGUAAAUUUUUUGAUCAAAAAUUUUGGGAUUUAAUUUGUAAAGAAUUGUUGUUCCCGAUUUUUAAAGUAUUAGGAAAUCACUGGGAAUUGAGUUUAGAUGAAUUAAAUGAUAAUUUAUCAGUGUGGUUAUCAACUACAUUAAUUCAAGCUUUGAAAAGUAUGAUCAAUUUAUUUAGUCAUUAUUUUGAUGAAUUAAAUCAUUUAUUAGAUGAAUAUUUGAAACUUAUAAUAUCAUGUAUAUGUCAAGAAAAUGAUACAAUUGCAAGAAUUGGACGUGAAUGUUUAACCAAUUUAUUAUUGGACAAUUGUCAAAAAUUUGAAUCAAAACAUUGGAAUGAAAUAUUGGAAACUUUCGCAAGUUUAUUUGAAUUAACUACCGCCAAGGAACUUUUUACAUUAGAUCCAAUGAGAGAGGAAGAAGAAGAAGAAAAUACUACAACUGAAUCACUUGAUGAAGAUAGCAACAAUUCUGAGUUUCAAAAACAAGUAAUUGAUGAUAAUGAAAUGAGAUUGAAAAAAUCAAGAGAAAAAUCUUCCAUAGUAGUGAAAAGUGUAUUACAAUUAUUACUUAUCCAAACAUUAUCUGAUUUAUUUGAAAAUGAAACAUUUUAUGAAAGUAUACCUUAUAAAUAUUUAAUCAAAACAGCAGAUCUUUUAUAUAAUUCAUAUGAUUUUGCUAAAUCUUUCAAUGAUGAUUAUGAUUUGAGAGUUCGUUUAUGGAAUGCUGGAGUUAUUGAGAGAUUACCAAACUUGCUAAAACAAGAGUCUACAUCAUCAGCAGUGUUUAUAAACAUAAUGUUUAGAAUAUAUUGUGAUGACGACAAAUCAAAUUCAGAAGAUAAACAAACUAUACUAAGUAAAAUCCAUCCAUUAUGUAUAUCAAUCAUUGACAACUACUUAAAAUUUGAUGAAACAAAUCAAAAAAGAAAUAUAACAUCAUGGAAACCAGUAAUAAUUGAAAUUUAUGAAGGCUAUGUUGAAUUAGAUGAUGAUGAUUUUAGAAAAUUUGGACCACUGAUGUAUAGAUUAAUAUUGGAAUUAUUAACUAAAAACAUGUCAAAUGAUUUAAGAGUUGCUAUUAAAACCUUUUUAACAAGAGUUGGAGAAGAAUUUAUAAAAGAAUAA